GCGACAAAACAGUUCUUGGAGGAGAUCAACAAGUGGACGGGCCAGUACAAUGUGUCCCCGCUCUCCUGGAAUGUGGCCGUCAAGUUCCUCAUGGCCCGCAAGUUUGAUGUCCUGCGGGCCAUUGAGCUCUUUCACUCCUAUCGGGAGACACGGCUGAAGGAGGGCAUUGUGAAGCUGAAGCCGCACGAGGAGCCGCUGCGCUCGGAGCUGCUCAGUGGCAAGUUCACCAUCCUGAGCGUGCGGGACCCCUCAGGAGCCUCCAUCGCCCUCUUCACAGCCAAGCUGCACCACCCCAGCAAGAGUGUGCAGCACGUGGUGCUCCAGGCCCUCUUCUACCUGCUGGACCGAGCCGUGGAGAGCUUUGAAACCCAGAGGAAUGGGCUGGUGUUCAUCUACGACAUGGCGGGCUCGCAGUACACCAACUUCGAGCUGGACCUCAGCAAGAAGAUCCUCAACCUGCUGAAGGGCGCCUUCCCGGCUCGGCUGAAGAAGGUUUUCAUCGUGGGAGCGCCCAUGUGGUUUCGCGUGCCCUACUCCAUCAUCAGCCUGCUGCUGAAGGAGAAGCUGCGGGAGCGGGUGCAGAUGGUGAAGAUGUCGGAGCUGAAGGAGCACCUGCCCCGGGAAUGCCUCCCCGAGUACCUGGGGGGGUCCCUCAAACUGGACCCUCUGAGCUGGAACUGCCGGUUCCUGCCCCAGCAAAACGGGCACCCCGACCCUCUGGACGAGCUCAUCCUGGUGCCGCUGGUGGCCCCCAAAGAUAACGGCUCCAUCCACGUCCCCGGGCCCAAGUCCCUCACCCUCCAGGAGCUGCUGGAGCACGUCAGCCACAAGCAGAAGCGGGGCAUCUAUGAGGAGUACGAAGAUAUUCGGCGCAGGAGCCCAGCUGGCACCUUCGUCUGCUCUUUGGCACCCUGCAACCAGGAGAAGAACCGGUACGGGGAUGUGCCCUGCCUGGACCAGACCCGUGUCAAGCUGACCAAGCCCUACAGCCGCCUGGAGCUGACCGACUACAUCAACGCGAGCUUCAUGGAUGGCUACAAGCAGAGGAACGCUUAUAUCGGGACGCAGGGGCCUUUGGAGAACACCUACAGUGACUUCUGGCGCAUGGUGUGGGAGCAAAACGUCCUGGUGAUCGUGAUGACGACGCGGCUGGAAGAGGGAGGCAGGAGAAAGUGUGGCCAGUACUGGCCCUUGGAGAAGGAUUUCCAGGUCUGCUUCGGGGCCCUGACCAUCACCAACCUGGGCGUGGAGAACCUGAACCAUUACAAGAAAACCAUCCUGGAGAUCCACAGCUCGGAGACCAGGGAGCGGCGGCUGGUGUCCCAUUUCCAGUACCUGAGCUGGCCGGACUAUGGCGUCCCCUCCUCUGCCGCCACCCUCAUUGACUUCUUGGGGGCCGUGAAGCAGCAGCAGCGGGUGGCAGUCAGCGCCCUGGGACCCCGCUUUAGGGGUCACCCCGGGGGACCCCCCAUGGUGGUGCACUGCAGUGCUGGCAUCGGCAGGACAG